GCAUUUAUCUAUGGUCCCAAGUUUUGGAUAACUACCAAUUCCCAACUUUUUUACUACUACUUUAAAUUAGAUGCUUCUUCUAGCUUGCUUUUAUCUGCUUGGAAUAUUUGCAAAUAUUAAUAUAUACCUAUUUAUAGUCUAAAAGUUCCAUAAUCUCCAAUAUAAAAUGCCAAUAUAGUAGCUAGCCAAGCACCAAGUAUUUCUUUCUUUUCACUCUCUUCUUCAAGAACCAUCCACUGGAUUCUUGGGCAGCAGGAAUUGACAGUAGCUUUUGACGUAGAAGUGGAGAAAAAGAAAGCAAGGCUAUGGAGAGCUCAGUUUAUCACCAGCACCAUCAUCGUCUAUUCUUGGAGAAGGAGGCUGCUGCUGCUGCAGUUCCUCCUUAUAACCAUGGUGAAAGGACAAGUGAGUAUUACGCUAGUGAAUCAACUAACUUCGACAGCAACAUGGUGAUUGUUUUAGCAGCCUUACUCUGUGCAUUAAUAUGUGCUCUUGGCCUAAACUCCAUCGUACGUUGUGCUUUAAGGUUUAGCUACAGAUUCUCCUCCAAUACCCCAUCAGCAGUUCAAGCUGCCAAUCUAAACCCAGAACAAGCAAUAGAUAGGGGGAUAAAGAAGCAGUCGUUGAGCCAGAUUCCAGAGGUGAAAUAUGAAUCGGGGCUAAAUAUUCCAGUCACAGAUUGUCCAAUUUGUCUUGGGGAAUUUGCAGAAGGUGAAAAGGUAAGAGUCCUGCCAAAAUGUAACCAUGGUUUCCAUGUUAAAUGUAUAGACAAAUGGAUACUGUCACACUCCUCUUGUCCAUUGUGUCGGCAACCCUUGCUUGAGCAGUCGAGUACAGCAAGUUGCGCCACUACUGCAGAAGAACAAGAAGCACACAUAAGAGUCAGAAUACCAGGGAUGCCGGAAUUCUGGACCGGCAGGUAGCUACUAGCUCUGAUCGGGUGGUGAUAAUUAACGAGGGAGCCAUGUUCAGUUCAGCUUGAUUUGUGGACAAGGGAAAGUUGGUUUUGCUGUUAGAAAAUUUCCAUGGAGUUGGUAAAGUCUUGCCUUUACAGAUUUUUGCAUCAUUGGAAUGUCAAUGUGGGGUAUUAUUGUUGUUGGUCGACAAUAAUUGGCUCCAAUAAUGUACAGAUUUUAGGAGAUAUUUAUUUCAGGUUUUUGUUUUUUCUUUAUUUAUUUAUUUAUUUUUGGUUUUGUAGUGAGGUUCUUUGAAUCCUUGCAGUGUCAUUAUCCAGUUAUCCAUAUUGAUUAUGAGUUUCUUCCA